AAUAAAUGUCAUACAAAAUACACAAUUUACGGUUUCUGUCAAUUUUUUAAUAACAUGAAGAUGUUUAGAAUUUAAGAAUAAAAAAGUGCUAAUACAAUUUAUUUAAAUAAUGAGUAGAAAAACUGGAAGUUUAGAGUUACUAGAUAUGGACGCAAAUCAUUUUAGUAAAGAGCCUUACAGGUCUGAAACGAAAAGUUUGAAUUUAGGGAAGGGCCAAGAUUCGACAAGUUGGGGUAAAAUAUCACCAAGUAAGAGUUAUUGCUCCUCUAGUUCAACAUCAACUGAAAAUGUUGUAUCGACACUGGAAAGGAAGAAGGCUCAGGCUUCAAAUGAUGCAGCUACUUUGAAUCGACCCGAUGAUCCUCCGUUGUUACCAGGUGAAAAAAUUACUGGCCAGUCAAGGGAUGUUACAUAUUUGUGUCCUUAUCAAGGCCCAGCCAGGGGUGUUCUUACUGUGACCAAUUACAAACUAUAUUUUCGUCCUUCUGAUAAGGAUUCUUCAAAUAUCAUUGAUGUCACUUUGGGUGUUAUUUCUCGAAUUGAAAAAGUUGGUGGUGCUUUAUCUCGAGGAGAGAAUGCUUACGGCAUUGAGAUAUUCUGUAAAGAUAUGAGGAACCUAAGGUUUGCUCACAAGCAAGAAAAUCACUCUAGGAGAAACGUGUUUGAGAAACUACAAAUGUUUGCGUUUCCACUGAGUCACAAAUUGAAAUUUUUUGCUUUCGAAUAUUCAGAAGUUUUUCCUGAAAACGGAUGGGCUGUAUAUGAACCAAUUGCUGAACUUAAAAGAAUGGGGGUUAAUAAUGAUAUGUGGAAAAUAACAAAGAUUAAUGAACGCUACGAUGUAUGUGAUAGUUAUCCAGCAGUUUGGGCUGUUCCGGCUCAAGUUACUGAUGAUGAUCUAAGGGUAGUUUCGAAUUUCAGAAGCAGAGGUCGGUUGCCUGUAUUAAGCUGGAUUCACACUGAAUCUCAGGCUACAAUAACGAGAUGUUCACAGCCAUUAGUUGGAGUUAGUGGAAAAAGGUGUAGGGAAGACGAACAUUACAUUCAGUUGAUUAUGGAUGCUAAUGCUCAGAGUCAUAAAAUGAUUAUAAUGGAUGCUAGACCCACUGCCAAUGCGAUUGCUAACAAAGCUAAAGGAGGAGGUUAUGAGUCAGAAGAUGCUUAUCAAAAUGCAGAACUUGUAUUUUUGGAUAUCCAUAACAUCCAUGUAAUGAGAGAGUCAUUGAGAAAAUUGAAGGAACUGUGCUAUCCGAAUAUUGAUGAAACGAAAUGGUUUAGUGGAAUUGAGUCUACGUACUGGUUAAAACAUAUUAAGAGUAUUUUGGCCGGGGCAGUUAGAAUUGUGGAUAAGGUUGAGAACCACAAAACAUCGGUGCUGGUACAUUGUUCGGAUGGAUGGGACAGGACAGCUCAGUUGACAGCCUUGUCAAUGUUGAUGCUAGAUCCAUAUUACAGGACCAUUAAAGGUUUUGAAGUUUUGAUAGAGAAAGAGUGGGUAUCUUUUGGACACAAAUUUCAACAGAGAGUGGGUUUGGGAGACGAUUAUCACAGCGAUGCCGACCGUUCUCCAAUAUUUCUCCAGUUUAUCGAUUGCGUUUGGCAGAUUACCCAACAAUUCCCCAAUGCUUUUGAGUUCAACGAACAUUUCCUUAUUACCAUCCUGGACCAUCUUUAUUCGUGCAGAUUUGGUACAUUUUUGUUUAACAGUGAAAGAGAAAGAAUGGCUGAGAGAAUUAAAGAUACUACGGUUUCCUUGUGGUCGUAUACAAAUUGUAAUUUAGAUCUGUACAGGAAUCCUUUGUAUUGGGCCAAUACUAAACAAGAGAAGGUGCUGGUUCCGAUAGCUAGUAUAAGACAUAUACAGUUGUGGAAGGCUUACUAUUGUAGGUGGAAUCCUAGUAUGAGAACUCAGGAUCCCGUGUAUCAACGAAUAAGAGAACUGCUAAAGCUAAAGGAACAGCUAGAAAACACUGCACAGGAAUGCCGAAGGGAACAGCAACAGAGGAUGACCCGAAGCAACGCUAGUCCCACAUGAUACGAAGCUAUACACGUGGCAAUUGCUUAAGACUGUUCAGAUUGCAGUAUUUUUACGUUCGUCUAUUGUUAAGUUUAGAAUUAUUAGCUUAGCUAACGUUCCGCUUUAAAAAGAAGUUUAUAUUUUAUAUAAAAAAAUUGUAUAAUUACUGUAUAGCACUGUUAAACAGAAAUGAAGUCGACUUGUACCAAAAUAUAGUAAUAUACGUCUAGGAUAAGUUUGUAUGAUUUUCAGUCUGUUAAAACGAAUUAAUGUAACUUUUGUUUUGAUCUAAUCAUUUCUAAUUUGUGAAUAUAUUUAUAUAGAGUA